AUGAGAAGAACAUGGAAGAACAUUUUCCUCCACCUGAUCCCCAACUCCUCACCCUCUGGGAUGGACUGCAGUGCUUACGAGCUGGAUACCCUGGAGGUCCCUCCUCUCACCCCGACCAGUAAGGAGGUCCUCAGCCAGGCGGUGAAGGCCAGUUUUGCUGGAUUUGCCCAGGAGAGAAUCAACCAUCACUUCCCACAGGAUCCUACCUUGUGGUCUGAGUGGGAGGUGAACUACUGGCUGGACUGGUGCCAGGCUGAGUUUGGUCUCCACUGCCUGGGUUCAGACCUGAGAGGCCUGCAGGGCAGUGAGCUGUGUGGCCUGGAGAGAGAUGCCUUCCUGGGCCUCAUGUCCGACUGCACUGCAGGAGAGAUCCUGUGGGAGCAUCUGGAGACCAUGAGGAGAGAUUCUUUAGAGAAUGAAUAUGACUGCACAGUACCAUCUUACUGCCAGCUUCUAAUCAACAAAGAACGCUGCUCAGACUAUGUUGAGGAGCAUUCAGACAAACACAGUUACCAUGUUCAGUACCAUCCCAGUGAGAGGACGGACCUGCUCACUCUGCACCCUGUGACGGCGGAGCAUCAGGACUACUAUCUGAUCAAAGCACAACAUCCCAACAUGGCUGCUGCUCUGGUGCAUGAAACAGGAGGGAACGGAGAGACAGACUCAGAAGUGGACAUAGCUCACAGUGACGACUCGGACAUUGUGGGCUCUUUAUCGUGGACCACUCCGCUCCAGGAUCUAGAGCCAGUGACGGAGGACACCAUGUCUGGGGAUGUCUUCACCUUACCACUGCCACACAAGAGCUUCAGAGAAUAUGUUGGCAACAAAACAGAUCUGGGCAGAGCCGUGAUACCAGCAGCUAUCCUUGCCGGGUACACUGGAAGUGGUCCCAUUCAGUUGUGGCAGUUUCUGCUGGAGCUUCUCACAGACCGCAGCUGUCAGUCAUGUAUCAGCUGGACAGGAGAUGGGUGGGAGUUCAAGCUGACGGACCCCGAUGAGGUGGCCCUGCUGUGGGGUCAGAGGAAGAACAAACCCAAGAUGAACUACGAGAAGCUGAGUCGCGGUCUGCGAUACUACUACGACAAGAACAUCAUCCGCAAGACGGCCGGCAAACGCUACGUCUACCGCUUUGUCUGCAACCUGCAAGGCCUGCUCGGAUACGAGGCCGGGGAGCUGCACGCCAUGUUGGACGUCGGUAACAAGAAUCGCUAGAGACCUCAACAAACACUGGCAGCAAAGAGACACUUUUUA